CUUGGCUCAGCUAAGUUCCGGACGUGGGGCCGGGACUCCUGACUCGCCCCCGCCGCCGGGCCCCCUGUGAGCGGGGAGCGGGUGGUCCCACCUUUGCUCGGACCCUGUUUCCUCCCCCCGUAGAUCGGGCAUCUCAGCCCACCCCCUACACCUCCCCAGAAUCGUUGAGGAGCAAGGGAAGGAAGGGGCGCGGAAACUCCCCGGAGCUCCAGGGCGAUGGCGGCGGGCAGCAGGGCAGAGAAUGGGCUGCGGGAGAAGGUGCUGACGCUGGAGUCCAUGAACCCCUGGGUGAAGCGGGUCGAAUACGCCGUCCGUGGACCCAUCGUGGUGCGGGCCCUGGAGCUGGAGAAGGAGCUGCAGCAGGGUGUCAAGAAGCCGUUCACCGAGGUGAUCCGGGCCAACAUCGGAGACGCUCACGCCAUGGGGCAGAAACCCAUCUCCUUCCUGCGUCAGGUGGUGGCACUGUGCCUGUGCCCGGAGCUCCUGAGCAGUCCUGCCUUCCCCGACGAUGCCAAGAAGAAGGCGCAGAGGAUCCUACAGGCCUGCGGCGGAGGCAGCCUGGGGGCGUACAGCGCCAGCCCGGGCAUCGACCUCAUCCGGCAGGACGUGGCCCACUACAUCGAGCAGCGGGAUGGGGGCAUCCGUUCCGACCCCGCCAACAUCUUCCUGUCCACCGGCGCCAGCGAUGCCAUUGUGACGAUGCUGAAGCUUCUGGUGGCCGGAGAGGGCCAGGGGCGGACGGGCGUGUUGAUCCCCAUCCCCCAGUACCCGCUCUACUCGGCCGCCCUGGCCGAGCUCAACGCCGUCCAGGUCAACUACUACCUGGAUGAGGAGCACGACUGGGCGCUGGAUGUGGGCGAGCUGCGACGGGCGCUUAACCACGCCCGCGGCUACUGCCGGCCCAAGGUGCUGUGCAUCAUCAACCCAGGGAACCCUACAGGGCAGGUGCAGAGCCGCCGGUGCAUCGAGGACGUGAUUCGCUUCGCCAUGGAGGAGCGGCUCUUCCUCAUGGCCGAUGAGGUAUACCAGGAUAACGUGUACGCCGAGGGCUCCCAGUUCCACUCGUUCAAGAAGGUGCUGAUGGAGAUGGGGCCGCCCUACUCCCAACAGCUAGAACUGGCCUCCUUCCACUCCACUUCCAAAGGCUUCAUGGGAGAGUGCGGGUUCCGGGGAGGCUACAUGGAGGUGGUGAACUUAGACCCCGACGUCAAGCAGCAGUUGUCCAAGCUGGUGUCGGUGCGGCUGUGCCCUCCCGUGCCCGGCCAGGCCCUGCUGGAUGUGGUGGUCAGCCCCCCUCAGCCCGGGGACCCCUCCUACCGGCAGUUCCAGGGGGAGAAGCAGGCGGUGCUGAAAGCCCUGGCGGAGAAGGCUCGGCUGACGGAAAGCGUCUUCAACCAGGCCCCGGGCAUCCGCUGCAAUCCCGUGCAGGGCGCCAUGUACUCCUUCCCCCGCAUCUCGCUGCCCGCCCGAGCCCUGGAGCGAGCACAGGAGCUGGGCCAGGCCCCGGACAUGUUCUUCUGCAUGAGGCUGCUCGAGGAGACGGGCAUCUGCGUGGUGCCCGGCAGCGGCUUUGGCCAGAAGGAGGGGACCUACCACUUCAGGAUGACCAUCCUCCCCCCCUUGGACAAACUGCGCACUGUCCUGGAGAAACUGACCCAGUUCCACGCCAGGUUCACCAAGGAGUUCUCCUAAUGGCGUCGGGGGCCAGCCACCCAGCCCCAGCCGCCCUGCCCCGCGGACACCAGCCCCUCUCCCUGAGGGGGCGGGCCCCCUCAGGGCUGAACCAGGACCCUCCUUUCCUCGGUGCCAGCGGUCCCGCGGGCCCCCGUGCCCCUUCCCAUCACCCUCCAGCGCGCUCCUCAGUCCCCACAGCCCGAUGCCAGGGCUCGACGAGAGGGAGCUCGGGGCCGGGUCGCACGAUGAGAGAGACGGUGCGCUGGGGCCGGGCCAGGGCACGGCGGCUCCGACCCGGAUCUCUGGACUGUGCCCGCGAGACGUUCCCCCUACUCCCCUGGGCUCCAGGAAGGGGACCCCUGAGUCUGGAACCCAAAUCUGGCAUGGUGAAGCUGGGAUGACCGUGCCUUGGGGGCCUAAGCUUCCUCCUGGUAACCCAAUAAAACCACCCAAGUCACGUA